CACAUACUUAAAAAUUUAUGUUCAUAUUCGAGUGAGGAUAAAAUGUAAUGAUUGUCGAGAGAAAAGGUCCCUGGUUAUGGCUUCACUGGCUUUGAUCAGGUGAAUUGAAAGUAGCAUUUUAUACGUCCCACACGACAACACCCUCAAGUUAGAGACAGUACUACUAACAAUCUGAGAUAUUAAUGACAAGCCUUAGACAAGAAACAUCUCAGAAACCAUUUUUUGUCUGUUAGACAUCUUGUAUUACCGGAAUCGAGAUGGAAGGGAAGGAAGCAAGUACGCAAGAAGAAGUAAAGGAAGCAAGCAUGCAAGAUGAAGAGCUUUGCAAGGCAACGAGGGAAGGAGACUGCGGGAAAGUAAAGGAGCUUAUAGAGAGUGGAGCAGAUGUAACCUACUUCGAUUCAGAUGGGUUCACACCGCUUAUGCACGCAGCCAAACAAGGCCAUUGCGAGGUUGUCGAAUGCUUGUUAAAUACAGGCGCACCAUGGAACGCCCUCAAUCCCUCUGGUUCCUGUGCUGGCGAUUUCGCCAUGGAAGCUGGCCAUCAGGACACCUUCGACCUCCUCCUUAAUGCAGGACUGCAGGCAGAACUUGUUUUGGGAAGAAUAGCAAUUCGUGAAAAGGGUAAUUGCAGUUCUGACUACCUGGAGCAACGAGUACUCUACAGUGAGGAUAGGUUGAUGGAUGAAGAGGGAAAAGGGGUCAUGAUGGCUUGGGAGAAACCCUUGAUGGAGGCCCAUGCACGAGCGGUCUGUGGUGGGGGUGAAGGUGGGCAUAUACUCAAUGUGGGGUUUGGUAUGGGGCUUGUAGACACAGCUAUACAGAAAUAUAAACCUGCAUCUCAUACUAUAAUUGAGGCUCAUCCAGAUGUUUAUGCUCGAAUGCAAGCAACAGGUUGGGGAGACAAGCACAAUGUCAAAAUCAUAUUUGGCCGAUGGCAAGAUGUGCUUCCUCAGCUAGAAUCUUAUGACGGGAUAUUUUUUGAUACAUAUGGGGAGUAUUACGAAGAUAUGAAGGAGUUCCACCAGUACCUUCCAAAAUUACUGAAGGGUGAAGGCAUUUAUUCUUUUUUCAACGGUCUAUGUGCAGAUAAUGCAUUUUUUCAUGUAGUUUAUUGUCAGCUAGUUGCACUUGAGCUUGCAAAUAUAGGUUAUGCUACUCAGUUCAUCCCCUUACCAGUAAAAGAUUGCUUGGAAGAAAAAACAUGGGAGGGCAUCAGGCGAAAAUACUGGCAAUUGGAUACCUAUUACUUGCCUGUAUGUCAGGCAUCUUCUGAAUAAUGUAAUCUGCAUUUUUGAACUUUAGUCAUUCUGAAGCUAAUUUUACACGAGCUUCAUUCCUUUAUUCCUUAAUUUUUCUAUUCCCUUUUUAUCUCAUUAAAAAACUGUCGCAUUGCAAAACUUAUGUUUCAGCAUUGGUUGUUCUGCAUGUACACUGACGGAUUGAACAAUAACCAAGAAUGAAAAUUGAGCAGUUUUUUUC